AUGGGGAUCCAGGGUCUGCUACCGCUGCUAAAGUCCAUCGAGAAGCCCGUUCACCUCAAGGACUAUGCAGGACAGACCCUUGCAGUCGAUGGCUAUGUUUGGCUACACAAGGGAGCAUUUUCUUGCGCACAGGAACUAUGUCUCGGCCAGCCGACCCAAAAAUAUAUCACAUACUUUAUGCGCAAGAUCGACAUGUUCAAGUUCUUUGGCGUCAAACCCUACGUUGUCUUUGAUGGUGGCUAUCUGCCCUCGAAAGCCGCCACGGAACAGGAGCGUCUGAGCCGUCGGGAGGAGAGCAAAAAGGCGGCCAUGGAACUUCUUCACUCUGGAAAGUCAAAGCAGGCGCAGGAUCAUUUUCGCAAAUGUGUCGAUGUAACGCCCGAAAUGGCCUACGCGGUGAUUCAGGCAUUAGAGGCUGCCCAGGUAGACUUUGUCGUGGCACCAUACGAGGCAGACGCUCAGAUGGCAUAUCUAGAAAUGAAAGGCUUGGUGCAUGGGAUCGUCACAGAGGACUCGGAUCUGCUAGUCUUUGGCUGCAAAAGAGUCAUCUUCAAGCUGGAUCAAUACGGCUCUGGGAUCGAGAUACUGCAUGAGAACCUCAGCAUGGUGCGCGAUAUCUCCUUUCACGAAUGGACCAUGACCGAGAUACGUCACAUGUGCAUCCUCGCAGGUUGCGAUUACCUGCCAUCAAUUCCGGGUAUGGGUCUCAAAACCGCGCAGCGGGUUCUUCGACGCUUCAAAACAUUCGAACGGGCUAUCAAGCACCUCCGGAUGGAGUACACGGGCGCAAAGAUCAAAGCAGACUAUGAAGAGGCGUUCCGGAAAGCAGACUUGACCUUUCUGUACGCCCGCGUAUAUGACCCUGUCUCCCAUUCAAUGGUACACUUAAAUGCCGUUCCGGAGGAGCUCGAAGAGCUUGUUCAAACCGAUGAGUACGACUUCCUAGGACCGUAG